AUGAAAAACAACACAGAAGUGACUGAAUUUGUCCUUCUAGGACUAACCAAUACCCCAGAACUUCAGAUACCCCUCUUUAUAAUUUUCACUCUCAUUUAUCUCGUCAGUGUAGUUGGAAACCUGGGGAUGAUUCUUUUGAUUGUCAUGGACUUUCAUCUACACACUCCCAUGUACUUUUUCCUUAGCAACCUGUCUCUGGUGGACUUUUGUUACUCUACAGCUGUCACUCCCAAAGUCAUGGCUGGGCUCCUUAUAGGAGACAAGAUCAUCUCCUACAAUGCUUGUGCUGCUCAGAUGUUCUUUUUUGUAGCCUUGGCCACUGUUGAAAAUUUCCUCUUGGCAUCAAUGGCUUAUGAUCGCUUUGCAGCAGUAUGCAAACCCCUACAUUACACCACCACCAUGACAACAAGUGUAUGUGCUUGUCUAGCCAUUGGCUCCUACAUCUAUGGUUUCAUGAAUGCCUCUGUUCACAUAAGGGACACAUUUAGUCUCUCUUUCUGUAUGUCCAAUAUGGUCCAUCAUUUUUUCUGUGAUAUACCGGCAGUCAUGUCCCUCUCUUGCUCUGAUAGACAUGUUAGUGAGCUGAUCCUUGUUGUUGUGGCAAGCUUCAAUAUCUUUUUUGCUCUCCUGGUUAUCUUGAUUUCCUACAUGUUCAUAUUUAUCACCAUCCUGAAGAUGCACUCAGCUGAGGGAUAUCACAAGGCUUUAUCUACUUGUGCUUCUCACCUCACUACAGUUGCCAUCUUCUAUGGGACAGCCAUCUUUAUGUACUCCCAGCCCAGCUCCAGUCAUUCCAUGGACACAGACAAAAUUGCAUCUGUGUUCUAUACAAUGGUCAUCCCAAUGCUAAACCCCCUUGUCUAUAGCUUGAGGAACAAAGAGGUUAAAAAUGCAUUCAAGAAGUUGGUUGACAAGGUAAAUUUUUCUCUAGGCUUCGCCUUUUAA